AUGGAUAAACAUGCUGUUAUCAAGAAGGAGUCCGACGAAUGCACUGAGAAGUGUCAGGUGCACAAAAAGGAAUUUUUCUGCCCAAAACAUGAAGCUCUUGGCUGCAACGAUUGUAUCGUCCUAGAUCACAGAGCAUGUGGCAUUGACUAUAUACCUGAUAAAUGUGCAGGUAUUGGGGACAGUUCAGAGUUCAGAGAAAUACCGAGGGAGCUGGACCAGAAGGUAAAUGAGGUCGAGGAUGUUAUAAAGCUGGCCUCAUGUAGAGAAAAUGAAUUAGAUUCAUGCCAUGACAGAUUACUCAAAGAAAUUAUAAUGUUUCGCAAGGAGAUAAAUGAUCGCUUAGAUCAACUACAGAAGCAAAUGCAGACAAAAGCUGACAAAAAGAAAACCACAGAUAAACAAACAAUAAACAAAGUGCUCGGAACGUGUACAACAAUUUCUUCAGACAUCAAACAACUACAGUCAAGACUACAAGAUUACAAAGCCUCACAGCAGAAUGGACAACUUUACAUUACAGUGAAACAAGCUAAAUCCAAACUAAAGUCAGAAGAAAUAAAAGAGGCAGAGAGAAGUUUAGAAAAGACAAACAUGCAAUACACAUUUGAGCAAAACCAAGAUCUGGAAAACAUGCUUUCAAGACAAAAUGCAUUUGGAAAGCUCACACACUCUUCUUCUCUUGUAACUAUAAAACAGGGGAAACCAGUUGAAAAAUUAACCAACACAGGAAACAUAAAUAUAACGACGAAAUCAGAUUGGAAAGGAUGCUGGAUUACAGGGUGUGCUGUCCUGUCCUCUAAAAAACUUGUGGCGGCUGACAAUAAAAAUAAAAAACUGAAAGUUGUUGACAUAAAAAAGAAAGCUGUAAUAGAAGAGAAAACACUUUCUUCACAACCAUGGGACAUUGCAGUAAUGCCCCAGGACCAUAUUGCUGUGACAAUGCCAGAGAAGAAAGAGGUCUUUAUAAUAACAACAGCAGGUGAACUGUCAAUUAUCCGCAAGUUUCCAGUUAAAGGAGAAUGUAGAGGUAUAGAUUAUCAUCAAGGUCAUCUAUAUGUAGUUUGCAUGAAUCCGAAGUGUAUAUUUAUAAUAGAUACACAAGGUAACAUCAUAAAAACAAUUUCACGGGAUAAAGAGAUAUUUAGUGCACCCAACUACUUACUGCUAAGUAAGGAUCUGAGACACAUCUUCAUCAGUGACUUUGAUAGCCACAGGGUCGUCAGUAUAACAUUACAAGGUGAUAUAUCUGCUGAAUACAAAAACAAAGACUUUAAAUUCCCCGUGAGAAUGGUGAUGCUAGACGAUGGAUCCUUGCUUGUGUGCUGCGGUUGGGCAAAUGGCAGCAUACGUCGUAUCUCGGGUGAUUUGAAGCAAUGUCAGACAAUGACAGAUGAUCUGUCGUACCCAAUGUCUACCUGUUAUAAUCGUGAUCAACAUGAGGUCUAUGUCGGAUGUUUUAGUAAUCAGAUGAUUGUGUUGGGUGUAAAAUAA